AUGAACAAGGACAACCUACUUCAACUGGAGCAAGCUCGACGAAACAACAACCCGCUUCGGCUCGUCGUCUGCGACUACUUCUACUCGAACAAGAAGGUCCUGUUCGACAACAUCGUCGGGUUCCCCUCGUUCGAUGAGUACAUGGUCGUCGCCGAGGUCUCGGAAAACUCGCGCGCUAUCGAGCUCACGUGUCGCUCGAUGGCCAGACGUUCGCGCUCGCCCGAUUCCGACCCAACAUGCACCUCGAGAACCAGGACCGACUACGCCACCUCGUCGACUGCCCAACGGCGCAACUAG